AUGGAGCGGGCGCUGGGGCUGCCCGCAGAAGAGGACCUCUUCCACAAGAGCCUCGCCGCCUCGGCCAAGCGCAUGGAGUCCGCCUUCCGCUCGCCCCCGGGGCUCGACCUCUCCCACCCCCGCGACCGCCAGCCCUCGCCGCUCGCCUGCUACGAGGCGUCGGAGCCCGAGGCGCUGCUGCAGCCCGGAGUCGGCGGCGACCCGCUGGCGCUGCCGCCGGGCUCCGUCUGCGUCAAGUACGGCGAGAGCGCCAGCCGCAGCUCGGUGGCCGAGAGCAGCGGCGGCGAACAGAGCCCCGACGACGACAGCGACGGGCGCUGCGAGCUGGUGCUGCGCGGCGCCGGGGGGGACCCGCGCGUGGCCUCGCCGGCGGCGGGCGGCGGCGGAGGGGGGGGCGGGGGGCUGAAGGCGGCCGAGGGCAGCUGCUCCAACAGCCACGGGCACGGCGGCAGCAAGAAGUCCAAGGAGCAGAAGGCGCUGCGGCUCAACAUCAACGCGCGGGAGCGGCGGCGGAUGCACGACCUGAACGACGCGCUGGACGAGCUGAGGGCGGUCAUCCCCUACGCGCACAGUCCCUCGGUGCGGAAGCUCUCCAAGAUCGCCACUCUCCUCCUGGCCAAGAACUACAUCCUGAUGCAGGCGCAGGCCCUGGAGGAGAUGCGGCGCUUGGUGGCUUAUCUCAACCAGGGCCAGGCCAUCUCGGCCGCCUCCCUGCCCAGCUCCGCCGCGGCGGCGGCGGCGGCGGCGGCGGCGCUGCACCCCGCCCUCGGCGCCUACGAGCAGGCGGCCGGUUACCCCUUCAGCGCCGGGCUGCCCCCCGCCACCUCCUGCCCGGAGAAAUGUGCCAUCUUCAACAGCGUCUCCUCCAGCCUCUGCAAACAGUGCACGGAGAAGCCUUAA